AUGUCGCAUCGGAAGUUUUCGGCCCCGCGCCAUGGAUCGAUGGGAUUUGUGCCAAAGAAGCGAUCAAAGACUCAUCGUGGAAGAAUAAAGGCGUUCCCCAAGGAUGACGCUUCAAAGCCCGUGCAUCUCACUGCGUUCGUCGGAUUCAAGGCAGGAAUGACGCAUAUCGUCAGAGAUGUGGAUAAGCCUGGCUCAAAGGUCAACAAGAAGGAAGUCACUGAAGCUGUCACCAUCAUUGAGACUCCACCAUUGGUCAUCGUGGGAAUCGUCGGCUACAUCGAGACUCCACACGGUCCUCGUGCUUUCAAGACGGUCUGGGCUGAACAUCUUUCUGAGGAUUGUCGUCGUCGAUUCUACAAGAAUUGGUACAAAUCGAAGAAGAAGGCUUUCACCAAGUACGCUAAGAAAUGGCAAGAUGAAGAUGGAAAGAAAUCGCUUGAGGCCGAUCUGAACAAGAUGAAGAGGUACUGCACCAAGAUUCGCGUCAUUGCUCACACUCAGCAAAAGCUGUUGAAGAAGCGCGACAAAAAGGCACACAUUGUCGAAAUUCAAGUCAAUGGAGGAACUAUCGAGGACAAAGUUAACUGGGCUCGUGAACACCUCGAGAAGCAAGUGCCAAUCGAUAGCGUCUUCUCACAAGAUGAGCUCAUCGACACCAUUGGAGUUACCAAAGGACACGGAUUCAAGGGAGUCACCAGCCGUUGGCACACCAAGAAGCUUCCCAGAAAGACUCACAAGGGUCUCCGAAAGGUUGCUUGUAUCGGAGCUUGGCAUCCAUCUCGUGUUCAAUCUACCGCAUUGGCCGCUCAUGUGAGACCCCGGAAGGCAAAAACAACGGAGCGACCGAGUUUGAUGUUACCGAGAAGACUAUCAACCCAAUGGGAGGCUUUCCUCACUAUGGAAUCGUCAAGCAGGACUUCGUCA